AUGGGCACCCCGAGCCCCGGCAGCCGCCCCGGCAGCACGUCCUGGCCGGCAUCGCCCCGGCGCUGGCAGCUCCCGGUGCCGGCCUCCGGCCCGCCCCGGCCCGGUGCCCGCAGUGCCCCCGGCGCGGUGUGGGGUCGGGCGGUGACCUUGUCACGGCGGACCCGGUGCGACACUCACCGGCGGCGGCGCGUGCCACACGUGCCGCCUGACAGCCGGGUGCGCGCUGUGAUGACGUACGGGCGGGGCCGCCCUCGACGCCGCUUCUGCCCGGCCUCCGCGCGCUCUGAUGGCGUCAACCGCCCGCCCCACGUGGGGCGGCCCCGCUUCCGACCCCGAUCCCGAUCCCGGCCCCGCCGCGCUCCGCUGCCUCGGCCGGUCACCGCGCCCCGCUGCCCGCGCUGCGGGGGCCCCCCCGCGGUCCCGCUCGGGUCCAGAGGCCGCCCGGCCCGCGGAGGGGAGAGACAGCCCGGCGCCAUGGGCGGGGUCGCGCUGCUGCUCCCGCUGCUGCCGCUGCUGCUGGCCCGGACCGCCCGCGGGGCCGCAGUGUGCGGGAGCUGCCCGGGGCCGCCGCGGAACGGCUCCAUUGUGUCCCGGUUCUGUGAGUCCCGGGGAGACACCGAGAACGACGGGCGCUGCUGCCGGGAGAGGGGGCCCCCCCCGGGGCGGCUGCUGGGGCUGGACCUGAGCAACUGCUCCCUGCACAGUGUCCCCCCAGAACUGGCUGAGGCCACCGCUGCCAUCGUCCUGGACCUGACUGAGAACCCCCUGACGUCCCUCCCCAACGACUCCUUCCUGGGCUUCACCCACCUGCAGCUCCUCGCGGUGCCGCCGGCGCUGGAGUGUCCGGGCGGGAGUGACGCCUGGCAGGAUGUGACAGUGGACGGGAGCAUCCGGCAGUGCCGGGGCCAGAAAAACCCCUGCAAUGGCUCCAUGGAGCUGGCCUGGCCGUGUCGAAACUCCGCGUGUGCCCCCGAUGGCCCCGGCCUCGUCCAGUGCCUCUGUGACAGCCCCUUCCACAGCUACAAGUGCCUGCGCGAGGGCACGUUCCCGGUACUACUCUUCAGUGGGAUCCUGGGCACUGCCACCGUAUCCCUGUCCCUGCUGCUCUGGGGCACCCAGCGGAGGAAGGCCAAGACCCCUUGAGUGGGGCAGGGGGCUGCGGAUGGGCAGGGGACCCCCUGGCCUGGGGGUCUCUGUGCUCAGGCCCGGCUGUCCCUGUGGCUGCCAGGGAUCAAUAAAGCCACAGGUUCUCACCAUG